AUGAGAAAAAAUACUCUUGGUCUGACCGCCGUGGGUGGAGGAGGGGCCGUGCAGCAGGUGCACCCUCCUCUCGCCCGUCGGGUGCACGUGGCUCUUGAAGGAGCCGGCCGCGGCGAGGCGGCCACGUGCGCAAACGUGUCCGGCCGCCAGGUACUUGCGUCUAACCGCGAGAAGCCCCAGGUGCCGGCAGGUUCACACCGGAGCUCGGGGAGUCAGAGGAUACAGCCUAUUGAAACGGCUAGUCUCCUGACAGCCCGAGUGAGAGCGCCCGCAGCCCGCGAAGGGCGCUGGAAAGUGGGGUGGGGGGGAGGAGGAGGGUGA